AUGGAGUUACCUCGUCCUGUGAGGCAGUACGAUGUGUUCCUCAGCUUCCGAGGAGAAGACACUCGCAAAGGCAUCGUCAGCCAUUUGCACGGAGCAUUUCGCCGCAAGGGAAUAGAAAAAAUAUUCAAAGACGAUAAAACACUCGAGAUUGGAGACUCCAUUUCCGAAGAAAUCAAGGAGGCUAUACAUAAUUCGAAGUUUGCGGUCGUAGUUAUCUCAAAGAACUAUGUUUCCUCCACUUGGUGUCUAGAGGAGCUACGCAUGAUAAUGGAGCUUCACAACGAAAACCUACUCACUGCUGUUCCAGUCUUCUACAACGUUGUUCCAUCCGAUGUAAGACACCAGAAAGGAACCUUUUCUUUAGAAAGGUACGGAUGUUCAAGAAUCAUGCUACUAUUUUCCAGCAAGAAAAGAACAAUGGCGGCAAAGGUUCAGAAGUGGAGAGAAGCUCUCACUGCGGUCGCAGAUGCAUCAGGCAAGGAUUUGAGUAAAUGGUGA